GCGGAGAGCUGAAGAGAAAGCGGCGCCGCGCGGCACAGCCGUGAAGAUGAAUGUUCUAGAUUCAAGAGAAACUGGAAUGAUCUGGUCAUUUACCAAAACUCACUGAAGUAAACCCUGUGACAUCCCAGGUGGAAAGAUUAGUUUGAGGGUAUGCGAUGGCAAACAGAUUAGCAGAAGAGCCUCAGAAAGGGGGCUGGAGGAUUUAGCCGCUUUUUGCCCCCUCCUGGCAUCCAAGGGCCAUCUCUCCGGGCAUACUCUGCACUAUGGACUCCCCAGGGUACAAUUGCUUUGUGGACAGAGACAAGAUGGAUAUUGCCAUCCAGGACCUGGGACCCAAGGAGCUGAGCUGCACAGAACUGCAGGAGCUAAAGCAGCUCGCACGCCAGGGCUACUGGGCCCACAGCCAUGCCCUGCGCGGGAAGGUGUAUCAGCGCCUGAUCCGGGACAUCCCCUGCCGCACGGUCACACCUGAUGCCAGUGUGUACAGUGACAUCGUGGGCAAGAUUGUGGGCAAGCACAGCAGCAGCAGCCUGCCUUUGCCCGAGUUUGUGGACAACACGCAGGUACCCAGCUACUGCCUAAACACACGGGGCGAGGGUGCCGUGCGGAAGAUCCUGCUGUGCAUCGCCAACCAGUUCCCCGACAUCUCCUUCUGCCCAGCCCUGCCCGCAGUCGUGGCCCUGCUGCUGCACUACAGCAUCGACGAGGCCGAGUGCUUCGAAAAGGCCUGCCGCAUCUUGGCCUGCAAUGACCCCAGCAAGAAGCUGAUUGACCAGAGCUUCCUGGCCUUCGAGUCUUCCUGCAUGACGUUUGGGGAUCUGGUGAACAAGUACUGCCAGGCAGCCCACAAGCUGAUGGUGGCUGUGUCGGAAGAUGUCCUGCAGGUUUAUGCGGACUGGCAGCGAUGGCUGUUCGGGGAGCUCCCUAUCAACUACUUCGCUCGAGUCUUCGAUGUCUUCCUGGUGGAAGGCUACAAGGUGUUGUACCGCGUUGCAUUGGCAAUCCUCAAGUUCUUCCACAAGGUUAGAGCUGGGCAGCCGCUUGAGACGGACAACGUGAAGCAAGACAUCCGCGCCUUUGUCAAGGACAUUGCCAAGACUGUGUCUCCCGAGAAGCUGCUGGAGAAAGCUUUCGCCAUUCGCCUCUUCUCUCGGAAGGAGAUUCAGCUCCUACAGAUGGCCAAUGAGAAAGCUUUGAAGCAGAAGGGCAUCACUGUCAAGCAAAAGAGGCAGUUUGUGCACCUGGCUGUCCAUGCGGAGAACUUUCACUCAGAGAUUGUCAGUGUGAAGGAGAUGAGAGACAUCUGGUCGUGGAUCCCUGAGCGGUUCGCCCUCUGUCAGCCCCUCCUGCUCUUCUCCUCACUGCAGCAUGGGUACAGCCUGACCAGGUUCUUCUUCCAAUGUGAAGGACAUGAGCCCACCCUGCUUCUCAUCAAGACCACACAAAAGGAGGUGUGUGGAGCUUACCUGUCAACAGAUUGGAGUGAGAGAAAUAAGUUUGGAGGCAAACUGGGCUUCUUUGGGACUGGAGAAUGCUUCGUGUUUAGGCUGCAGCCCGAGGUCCAGCGCUACGAGUGGGUGGUCAUUAAACACCCAGAGCUGACCAAGCCUUUGUCCUCGGAGACCACCACCUCUUCGUCCCUGCGCUGCCACUCCAUGUCCUUACCCUCAGACCCUUCUGAUCGCCUUUCGCCAUUCCUAGCCACUCGGCACUUCAACCUGCCCUCCAAGACUGAGUCCAUGUUCAUGGCUGGGGGCAAUGACUGCCUCAUCAUAGGUGGAGGGGGCGGCCAGGCGCUCUACAUCGACGGGGACCUGAACCGGGGUCGCACAGGCCACUGCGACACUUUCAACAACCAGCCCCUCUGCUCUGAGAACUUCCUCAUCGCUGCCGUGGAGGCCUGGGGUUUCCAGGACCCUGACACUCAAUGACAGGCCUGCACCGACUGUGACAGCUGCCACUGUGGGGGGGGACGGUGGCCAGGCCCCCUCUUCAGGGAGGAGGCAGUGAAUGAAGGACCCCACCACCACCACCACCACCAGCAUAUGCAUGGACAGCAUCAGGAUGUAGCUGGGGCU